UAUCCACAGUGUGGCACUAUUGAAAUAUAUUACGACAUAUCCAGCGGUAUUCAAACGAAGAGGCAUCCAAACCCGGGAAACAUUUUUCAUGGCACAUCACGACAUGCGUACUUGCCUGACAACCGUGAAGGAAAUGAAGUGCUCGCACUGCUGCAGAGGGCUUUUGAUCAGAAACUGAUCUUUACUGUUGGGACCUCUACAACCUCCGGUUUAGAGAACGCUGUCACCUGGAAUGAUAUUCAUCAUAAGACCAAUACACACGGCGGGCCUCAAAACUAUGGCUAUCCAGACCCUGACUACCUGAAGAGAGUAAAGGAUGAGUUGAAGGCCAAAGGCAUUGAAUGAAGAUUUUAUUGAUGUUCCCAAAUGCACAUCUAAGCCAAAUGUUUACAAAUAAGCCAUUGAUUGAUUAUGAUAUUGUAAUAUACUUAUUUUAUAUAUAGUGACUUUCAAAAGUAUUCAGACCCUUGACCAGUUUACUGAAAAAUAAACUAUUUAACUCUUGUUCGGUGUGAAGCAAAUCUUAAAUCUCAAAAUUAAUAAUUUGAAAGUUGGUUUUAACAAAAUAAAUAAAAAACUAAAAACAUACAAUCUUCCAAAAAAUGCAACCCCUCUGCUCUGGAGAUCCAUGUUUACACCGCUGAAAUUACAAAUCAUUAUUUUCUUUGGUGUAUUCAUUCUAUACACCUGCAUACAUGAAGAACACACUUCAUCACGGCCACUAAUGUGGUUAGCUAAUUCUCACAAAUGAAACAUUGUAAAGUGUUACCAAAACAUUUUCAGUGGGUCAAAAUACUUUUGGCAGGCACCAUAUACAGGUGUGGUCACAUGUUUACAUACACCUUGCAGAAUCUGCUAAAUGUUAAUAAUUUUAACAAAAUAAAGGGAUGAUAACGUGCAAAAUGUUCUUAUUUUGUUCAAAGAUCAUAUUUUUCCAUUUAGUAUGGCCCAUCAGAAGCUGCAGAAGAUACUUACAUGUUUUGCAGAAGAAAAAAUAACCAAAGAAUUUGUGGGACUUGCGGGAUGAUGUUUCUGAAGAGCAGCGGUCAGUUUAACUGCUCAGGACUAACAAAGGACUCAUGAAAAAACAGUCAUGGAUCAUCCAGGUAACAGUAUUGAGAAUCAAGCAUAUGCAAACUUUUGAACGGGCUCAUUUUGAUAAAUUCAGUUAUUAUUUUGUCUUCUGGUGUAUAUGUAAACAUCUGUUAUGUGAAAUACCAUAUUCAGGACAGUAACAUCUUCUCAGGACAGUAACAAAUGUUUACGAUCCCUCUUAUUUUGUUCAAAUUGUGAAAAUUUCGCAGAUUCUGCAAGGUGUAUGUAAACUUGUCACCACAACUGUAUAUAUUGGUAUUGUUUUAAUUAAGGUGAUGGGCUUUCAUGAUGUUCAAUUGUAAUGAAUUGUAAUGAAAUGUUUUAGCCUGAAGUUGUCUUGUGAUUUUCAUGCGUAUACACUGCAAAUAUGAAGCGAGUAUAUAAAGUACCACACUAAAGGCACUUGUGUUGGUCCUGAUACUCGCAUAUAUUAAAAAGUGUGUAGUACUUAUUUUAAUGUGGGACUAUGGAAAAAAAAACUUAUGGUUUGUGAUUAUAUUUAGAUUUAAAUGUUAAAGUUUAACAUCAAUUUUAGUUUUGAUAAAAAUGUGUAACCACAAUUUCUCAGAGAAAUCAACUUACCAAUUCAUUUGUUUGUGUAUAGAAAGUUGAGUGCAAAACAUACGAAACAUGGCACACUUCACCAAAUCUUUCACAAACUGCCUAUAAUAAUAUUUGUUGAUUUUAAACUUUUAAAAUGUAUGCUUUUUUUCUCAGUGCACCUCUUCAUAUUUUAGCUCUUGUUUUCAGAAAGCAAAGGAUGACUUUAUCUCGGAACAGAUUUGAAUGAUUAAUCUUCGGUUUUUGUUUCAAUCAAUCAUAUUGAAA